AUGGAAGAUUUAGUCGAAAUUGAUUCUAUUUAUUUAUUUUGUCUUGACGUAACAGAAGAUAUGAUACAAUUAUCAGAAGGUACUAAAAUACGUGGCUAUUCUAUUAACUUAAAAUUAGUUCCAACGACAGACAACGAAUCAGCAGAAGCAUCAGUUGAUCCAAUGGAGCAACAGCAAAAGCAUCAAAGAAUAAAUAGAUUAUCAGCCGAAGAUUUUAUUUUCAACUCACUACCCUGUUUUGAUAUCAAUGAAUCAUCAUCGUCGUCUCUUUCUCAUGAAGAGACAAAACGUCAAGAGGCUGAAUUUAUGUAUGCAGAAAUUUUAAGAGAAAUUUUAAUUCAAAUAGAUUCAACUGAAGAUGAAAUGCUUGAUUAUUGUCGUCCAAAGUAUGCAGAUAAUAAAGCACAAUUAGUGUUUAUCGAAGAAUUCAAAGAAUACUACGAUCAAUGCAAUGCUAUUUUUUGGUAUACACGUGAUACAUUUCUUUAUCGUCUUUUGAACACUUCAUUUAGAGAACAAGACAUUAUACACUCUAUGCGCUAA